AUGUCAAGCAACUCAUUAGAACAAUUGAAAGCUACUGGUACAGUCGUCGUCACUGAUACUGGUGAAUUUGAAUCAAUUGCCAAAUAUACUCCACAAGAUGCCACAACCAACCCUUCAUUAAUCUUGGCCGCUUCCAAAAAAGCCGAAUACGCUAAAUUAAUUGAUGUUGCUGUUGAAUAUGGUAAACAAAAUGGUAAAACCACUGAAGAAAAAGCUUCAUUAGCUUUAGACCGUUUAUUAGUUGAAUUCGGUAAAGAAAUCUUAAAGAUUGUCCCAGGUAGAGUUUCUACUGAAGUUGAUGCUAGAUUAUCAUUUGACAAAGAAGGUACCAUCAAGAAAGCUAUUCAAAUCAUUGAUUUAUACAAAUCUUUAGGUAUUGAAAAAGAAAGAAUUUUAAUCAAAAUCGCUUCUACUUAUGAAGGUAUUCAAGCUGCUAGAGAAUUAGAAGCUAACUAUGGUAUCCACACCAAUUUAACUUUAUUAUUCUCAUUUGUCCAAGCUGUUGCAUGUGCUGAAGCUAAAGUUACUUUAAUCUCACCAUUCGUUGGUAGAAUCUUGGAUUGGUACAAGGCUAAAACUGGUGAAACUUACACUGGUGAAACUGAUCCAGGUGUUGUUUCAGUUAAAAGAAUUUACAACUACUACAAAAAAUUCGGUUACAACACCAUUGUUAUGGGUGCCUCAUUUAGAAACGUUGAUGAAAUCAAAGCUUUAGCUGGUGUUGAUUUCUUGACUAUUGCUCCAAAAUUAUUGGAAGAAUUGAUUACUUCAGAUGCUGCUGUUCCUCAAGUUUUAGAUGCUAAAGAUGCUGCUAACGUUAAAGAAGAAAAAGUCACAUAUGUUGAUGAUGAAGCUACCUUCAGAUUCUUAUUAAACGAUGAUGCUAUGGCUACUGAAAAAUUAGCUGAAGGUAUCAGAAAAUUCGCUGAAGAUGCUGUUACUUUAACUAAAGUUUUGGAAGAAAAAGUUUCUGCUUAG